CGGCGGUGGCGGUUGCGGGGCAUGCGCGGCUCCGCGCGCGGCUUCUCAAACAUGGCGGCGGCGGUGUGAAGCUCGGUGCCGGCUCGCGCGAUCGGUGGGACAGAAUUUCGUUGUUUUCACCGACGAGACUGGAGGAAACAACACCAAAUACGGAUACCAUGGGACAAACAGUGAAUGAAGAUUCCAUGGAUGUCAAGAAGGAGAAUCAAGAGAAAACUCCUCAGUCAAGUACGUCUUCUGUACAAAGAGAUGAUUUCCACUGGGAGGAGUAUUUGAAAGAGACUGGGUCUAUAAGUGCUCCUUCAGAGUGCUUCCGUCAGUCUCAGAUUCCACCUGUGAAUGAUUUCAAAGUUGGUAUGAAAUUGGAAGCCCGUGAUCCUCGCAAUGCCACUUCAGUGUGUAUUGCUACGGUUAUUGGAAUUACUGGGGCCAGGUUACGGUUACGACUGGAUGGUAGUGAUAAUAGAAAUGAUUUUUGGAGGCUUGUCGAUUCCCCAGACAUACAACCUGUUGGGACAUGUGAAAAGGAAGGAGACUUACUUCAACCUCCACUAGGGUACCAGAUGAAUACAUCAUCCUGGCCGAUGUUCCUCUUAAAGACACUAAACGGGUCUGAAAUGGCAUCUGCCACAUUAUUUAAGAAGGAACCACCAAAGCCCCUACUAAAUAAUUUUAAAGUGGGGAUGAAACUAGAAGCUAUUGACAAAAAGAACCCGUAUCUCAUCUGUCCUGCGACCAUUGGAGAUGUUAAAGGGGAUGAAGUUCAUAUCACAUUCGAUGGCUGGAGUGGAGCUUUUGAUUACUGGUGCAAGUAUGAUUCUCGAGAUAUUUUCCCAGUUGGGUGGUGUCGCCUGACAGGAGAUGUAUUACAACCCCCAGGAACUAGUGUUCCUAUUGUAAAGAAUAUAGCAAAAACAGAGUCUUCUCCUUCCGAAGCGAGCCAGCAUUCAAUGCAGUCUCCACAGAAAACUACUCUAAUAUUACCAACACAGCAGGUCAGGAGAUCAGGUCGAAUUAAACCACCUGGACCUACUGCAGUCCCCAAAAGGAGCAGUUCUGUUAAAAAUAUUUCACCAAGGAAAAAAGGUCCAAACUCAGGAAAAAAGGAAAAACCUUUGCCUGUGAUAUGUUCUACAUCUGCAGCUUCUCUAAAAUCGCUGACCAGAGACCGAGGCAUGUUAUAUAAAGAUGCCGCUUCUGGGCCAUGUAAAAUAGUGAUGUCUACAGUCUGUGUCUAUGUAAACAAACAUGGAAACUUUGGCCCUCACCUGGAUCCCAAGAGAAUCCAGCAGCUGCCUGACCACUUUGGCCCAGGCCCCGUGAAUGUGGUGCUUCGCCGGAUUGUGCAGGCUUGUGUGGAUUGUGCCCUUGAAACUAAAACUGUUUUUGGAUACCUGAAGCCAGAUAAUCGUGGAGGAGAAGUGAUAACUGCCUCCUUUGAUGGGGAAACUCAUUCCAUCCAGCUCCCUCCAGUGAACAGUGCAUCAUUUGCUCUUCGCUUUCUUGAGAACUUCUGCCACAGUCUGCAAUGUGAUAACCUUUUGAGUAGCCAGCCUUUUAGUUCUUCCAGGGGUCAUACUCACAGCUCUGCAGAGCAUGAUAAAAAUCAGUCAGCAAAAGAAGAUGUAACAGAAAGGCAAAGUACCAAACGAUCUCCUCAGCAAUCUGUACCAUAUGUUGUUCCUCUCUCUCCUAAGCUCCCCAAAACAAAGGAGUACGCAUCUGAAGAAGAACCAUUGUUUGCUGGGAGAAAUGCCAUUCCCAAAGAGGAAAAUCUUUCAGAAGAUUCUAAGAGCUCAUCACUAAAUUCAGGAAAUUGUUUGAAUCCUGCCUGUAGAAAUCCUAUGUAUAUUCAGACUUCAGUCUCCCAGGAUUUUUCUCAAAGUGUGCCAGGCACCACAAGUUCACUACUAGUUGGGGACAAAUCAUCCCCCAAGAGCAGUCCCCAUGAAGUUAAAUUCCAAAUGCAGAGGAAAAGUGAAGGAAAUUGAUGGGAAGGCUCUGUUCCUACUCAAGAGUGAUGUGAUGAUGAAGUAUAUGGGGCUGAAGCUGGGGCCAGCAUUAAAGCUGUGUUACUACAUUGAAAAACUUAAAGAAGGAAAAUACAAUUGAAAAAAAUAUGCGUAAGUUUAGAUUGGACAUAAUUCUCAGGUGUACUGUUAACAUUUUAAUUUAAAAGUAUUUCUCAGCAGUUUUUGUUUUGUAGACAGUUCCUAUAAAAGUGUUUUAUCAGAAUUGCAGAACUGUAUUAACAGUUCAGUCAACUUUUUUUUUUUUUUUUUUCCCUGGAGUCACCAACCAGCCUCGGGAGGCACAGCCACCUCUCCCCCAGUCUACUUCUUUAAAAAGCAUUUAACAUGUUAGUAUUGGCAUUUUCAAAUUGGCAGUUCUUUAUGUCUUUUUAAAUUUUCAUUGUACAGUUUACAAAUAUACUUAAUGUAGUUAACAGAGAAAAACCUUUGAUUUUGGUUAAUCUUUAUAUCUAGAACCAAAACAGCUAAAUCCCAAAGGGGAAAAUAUCAGGGAUUGACAACUUCUAUAAUUAAAUCCAUGAGAAUUUUUCCUCACCAGAGAAUUUAAAGGUGCACCUGUAGAUAUCAUCUUUUCUCAGAUGUUUUGUCUGAUACUCUGUGGUGUUCUGUUCAUGUUCUAUCAGUAUAUCUAGAAAGGGAAUAGCCAUAUAAAUUAUUUUCCUUUUAUUAUUUCUCUGUAUGUUGUAUUUGAUCAUAUUUAAAGGAAAAAAGCAAGCUUAUAAAGCUUAUAAGCUUUCAUAAAGUGUUCUUACCAGUUUUUGAUAAAUUUUUUAAAUUAUAGGAUAGAAUUGUCAUUUUAUGCAGGAGAUAUUUAUACUACGAGGGUUGUUUGGAUGGAGUAAGAUUAAAUUUUUUCAGUAAAAUACCUAUUAUUUUAAAACUUUCCGUAUUUUCACUAAGCUUGGACAUUUAACUAGGCAUUCUUUUCUUACAUCUCUAUAUGAAGAUACCAGUGUCCAAAUUUUUUGAAGAUAUAUAUUAUAUGUGUUUAUUCCUCAUAUGGUACUUUACCAUAUUUGUAUAUUGUUUUAUACCUGUAGGUUUACACACAAGUAAAUCUUCUUUUUUCUUGAAUUUAAUCUGGCACUUUGCACUGCCACAGAGGUAACGAUGAACUGUGUAUAUAGUUAGAUGUUUUGAUUUCGUAAAAAAUAUAUGUCCAUCGUUUGCUAUCACCAGUACCUCUCAGCUUACUCUUCAGGGGAUAUGAAACAAUCUGUAGAUUCGUUUCCAUACAGGGAAGUUCUCUGUCCUAUGCAAUGUUUCUAAUUAAUUUGCUUAGUUCUGAGCCAUUUAUUCUGCUACACUUUGAGAGAUAUAUUAGUUCAGACUUAUUGUUUGGGGCUUUAUUUUAUUUUAUUUUAUUUUUUUUUUUGAGAUGGAGUUUCACUCUUGUUGCCCAGGCUGGAGUGCAAUAGCUCGAUCUCGGCUCACUGCAACCUCUGCCUCCCUGGUUCAAGCAAUUCUCCUGCCUCAGCGAUUACAGGCAUGCACCACCACGCCCAGCUAAUUUUGUAGAGAUGAGGUUUCUCCAUGUUGGUCAGGCUGGUCUCGAACUGCUGACCUCAGGUGAUCCGCCAACCUCGGGCUUGUAAAAUGCUGGGAUUACAGGCAUGAGCCACCGUGCCCAGCCAUGUUUGGGGCUUUAUUUUAUAAGUUAGAACUUUGAAGAGGAAAUGGUGCUAUAUGUUUAUUGUUAUUACUUUGUGUAACUUUGAUGUAAUGUCUAUAAGCUAUGAGAAUCAGUUAUAAAAGUAUUAGCCAUUUGUUGUAAAUGCCAAUAAAAUAUUCACCAGGGGCAAGAAUGUACAUUUUCUUUUUAGAAAACCAAAUGUACUUUAGACAUGAAUGCAACUAUUUAAAGAAUAGCUUCAUUUAUGUUAUUCCUUAUAUGUCAAAAGAUUCUCACUUAAACUUGGUCUUCUUUCAAGUUGUUUGUAUGAAGAUGCUGUACCCACUUGAACAGUCCUCAGGUGUUUACAUAAAUACUAUGUUUUACAGUUUUCAUAUUUUAAAAUAUUAAUAAAGUUAAUCGAAACGAUUCA